AUGAAAUUAAGAGUUGCAAUCAUACAAUUAAAUCUGAUACUACGACAACCAACACAGAAUAUCACUAAAAUUCAUAAUCUAAUAUCGUCAAAACCGAAUUUCAAAAAUGUAGAUUUAAUUGUACUACCAGAAAUGUCAAUAACAGGUUAUUAUUUUAAAUCAUCACAAGAUAUAACCCCAUAUUUAGAAUCAACUAAUUCAUUUGGUCCAUCAUUAAACUUUGCAAGAGAUUUAAGUCGGAAAUAUAAUUGUUUUACAGUUAUAGGAUAUCCAGAAUCAGAUAAUUCCAAAAUUUAUAAUUCUUGUGCUACUUUUAAUCGAACAGGUAAAUUAAUACACAAUUAUAGAAAGACAUUUUUAUAUGAGACAGAUGAAGUAUGGGGAUGUGAAGAAAAUCCAAAUAAGGGUUUUCCUGCAACUAAACUAAAAUUCAAAGAUGAUGAGGAGGAUGUAAUUGUCAAUUUUGGAAUAUGUAUGGAUUUGAAUCCUUAUAAGUUUGAAGCUCCAUUUCAUGCUUUUGAAUUUGGUAGUUCUUGUUUGAACCAGAAAGCUAGAUUGAUUAUUUGUCCUAUGAAUUGGUUAACUAAUGAAUCACCAUCCUUGCAUAAAGAAAUACAAGAAACUAAAAGAUGUGAAAUGGCUAAGGAACUUGAAGCAAAAAUGAAGUUAGAUAAUUCUCCAAAUGUGACUAAUUUGAAUUAUUGGAUUUUGAGAUUUUAUCCAUAUUUACAAGAUGAGUUAACAUGGUUGAAAGAUGAUGACAAAGUUCACGUAUUGAUUGCUAAUCGUGUUGGUGUUGAGGAUGAUAUUGUAUAUGGUGGAAGUUCAUGUACACUAAAGUUUAAUGAUGGUGAGAAUUAUUUAUCUAGUGUGUUGGGUCAAUGUAAGGAGGAUAUUUUAAUACAUGAUAUUGAUGUAUGA